AUGCUCUACUGGUAUGCCGAUCGUUCGGGUUUGCCUCUCCCACGUCCUGGUAUCCCGCAGUUUUCAUCCGAAUUCAGGUGGCAUCGAAAACAAGAGACGUGGCACGAUCACGAUGCCGCUGACCUCUUCCCUUUCGGUCUCUCCAUCGCCACGCUCGCUCUCGCUAUCAUUAUGUUUAUUCUCGACGUCGGCUUCGAUAAUGCUGUCACCGCGCGACCACCAUUCGAGCUUGGUGUCAGCUGCGUGCUGACCACUUUGUGGACUGCGUUCAACGCCUUCUCAACCUCUCGCUGGGCCAAUAUCCCGACCAACUGCAACGACAUCCCAUCCAGUUACUCCGAUGCACGCACUUGGUGCAAAGAUGUCGGCGCGCUGAAGAUCUUAGUGUGGAUUAAUUGGUCGAUCAUCCUCGCCUGCUUCCUCCUGACCACGACCUACACCCUCCUCCAAUCCCGCACCCACCAGAACCAAAUCUGGCGCAUCCCCCUCUCGCGCUUCCGCCCCGCCCCAAUCAACGACAUGUUCGUCAGCGCCGGCGGCAUCGCAGCCUUCGAUCGUGCCACCCGUGUCGCUCCCCUCUACGGCGGCAAGGAAGGGAACGAAAAAGGCGAAGGCGCAGGCGAGCUGGAGAGGAAAGGUUCUACUGGAUGGUGGGCGAACGGCGGGAGUGGAUUCCGCGGGAGUUUGCAGAGCGCGGUGAGCGGCGGGAAAACGAAGAGCACGAAGGGGAUCCGGCGUGGGAUCCUUCCUGCCGGUUCCGAUACUAACGCAGCCGCUACGACUACAUUGGCGGACGGGAGGAUCAUCGUCGGUGGUCAGGGGGCGGAACAGUUUGCGACGAAUCUGAACCAAACGACCGAUUAUGGUGGUGUCCAGGUCGCUGUGGCGGAUUAUGGGUAUGGGAAUGGGGGUGACGAUCCGUUCGCGAGGUCUCCGAGGUCGAUGGGCGGGAUUGGAGAGGACGGAAGGACGAUUGCGACUGGCAUUACGGAAGUCCCGUUGGGCUCGCCGGUCACUCUUCAACAGAACGCUACCGGUGGAGGUCUUCUGAGUCCAUAUUACACUCCCUCGACGCCAAACGUCGCGGGAAUGGGCUAUGGAGGUUCGGUCGCCGGAUCUGGAUCAGCAAUUGGAGGGGAUGCAGGGUAUCCGAGGUGGAGCGGUAGUGAUGCGUAUAAUGUGCCCAGUCCUGGAAUUGUUGGGAGUGCGAGUGGAUAUCCGAGCAGACAGAGCAAUGCGAAGACGGUGAGCGGGUACGAGGAUGGCUUGUGGAGCGGGAAUGGACUGGGUGAGGUGGUGUGGAAAGGAACGGGGAAGACGCAGCCUUCCGCGGCGGGUCCGUCGGCGUGGCAGCAGCAGGGGAGUGGUGGUAAUGGCGGGGGAAGUCCAGGUGGGGCGGACAGUACGAGUGGGAGUGCGUACAGCGUUGGGAGCUAUUAUCGCUAAGCUGGUGCUGUAACGGCUGACAGUGGCCCUACUUUACUCUUCGAUUUUCGUGUGUAACCGUAUCUAUGAACUCGUUUUCUUGGAUCUUGGGAGUUCGAGCUUCCGAGGCUUAACUGCUGGACCGGGAGUGUACUUAUUCUUAUACAUAUCUUGCUUUGCCUGUAUAUGGCA